UGUAAGAAAGAAAGACCUUCUCUUUAUUUAUUUAUUUAUUCAUAUACUUGUAAACCAAAUCAUAAUUUAAAAAGAGAAAAAAGAGCAAGGGAUAGCGAUAGAUUAAAGCCAGUUAAAUGACCCUUCCUUGUCUUCUCUGCUUUCGUCUUCGGCUGGGCAACUUCAUAGCCGGCCAGGCCUCUUAAAGUUAAAAGCUCAACGCGGCUAAAGAUCGCUUCUUUUUUUCCUUUCUCUUGGUGGAAUCAGUCCAAUCUUAAUUGAAUUAUAUGGUCCUCUCUCAUCAUUUCUUGCUCUUGUUCUUGGAGAGACACUCACAUAGGGGCACUGACAAGAAUACUACUGUCUUUUGAUCUUCAAGAAUACGUGAGAUUCUUGAUCUUUCCGAUAUUUCACGAGGUGGGUCGAUCUUAUUUUUUGCUCUAGAUUGGUGGGUUUCAAUUGCUUUUGUGAUUUGGACUGGUUAAGAUUGGUGGGUUUGAGUUUUUCUUUUUAUUUCUCUUAAAAAUUAUUGGGUUUGAUUGAAAUGGUCUAUUUCCAUAGCUCGAUCUCGGUCUGCAACUCAGUUGACCAAUCAUCAACAACUUCCAUGGCAAAUCCUGUGAAUUCCAAUGAGUUUAAUCCAAAAUCAAGGCACAACAAUAAUCAUGUGCAUAAGAAUAGGAAGACAGCGAAUGGUUCAAGUUGUAAAACUAUACCUGUCUGUGAUCGAUCUCGAUCAGCUGUUAUUGAUGUUGUGAUCUUGAUUGCUGUUAUUGGUGCCUGUGGAUUCUUGUUAUUUCCUUAUAUCAAGCUUGUAAUUCUUGGUUUGAUUGAAUUUGUCGCUGCUAUUCAUUAUGUGGUCAAAGAAGAGGUUAUGAGAAACCCACUGAUAUUUGGAUCUAUAGGGAUUAGUACUUUUUGUGCCGGAAUAGUUGCCUGGAUAGUGAUUUUGUGUACUACUAGGAAAUGUGGGAAUCCAAACUGUAAGGGUUUAAGGAAGGCGGCAGAGUUCGAUAUUCAGUUGGAGACCGAGGAGUGUAUGAAGAAUUCUAAUGGUACUUUGGUGAAAGAUGGGCUGAAAAGGGGCCUUUUUGAAUUGCCUCGUGAUCACCACCGUGAAUUGGAGGCUGAAUUGAAGAAGAUGGCACCGGCUAAUGGAAGAGCUGUUCUUGUGUUUCGAGCAAGGUGUGGAUGUUCUGUUGGAAGAUUGGAGGUUCCAGGAACUAAGAAGCCAAAGAAGAUCAAGAAGUAGUAGUUUACUUUUAUUGUUAAUUUUAUAGGGACGAUACAACCAAUACAGGAGUAGUCAUAAGGGAGAGAGGAGUGUCUUCUCCAAUGGAUCUUCUCAGAGCUAUCUUGUCCUUAAAUAAGCUCGUGGAAAUAAGUUGUAAGGCAUUAUAUAUAUAUUUGGUUAUAGUGGAGAAUAUAAGUCCUUCCUUUCAUUUACUUUAUUUGGUAUCAUAUAAUAAUCUGUUUCUUUA